UUGAAAACUAAACUACGGAACAAUAUCGGACCAACUAUCAACUGAGCUGUGUUUUCGAUUUUUGCCUUUUUUGGCACAAUUCUAUUGAUCACUAGAUAUUUCUAUAGUCUGUUUGCAAAAGGUUGAUGUACCUUGAUGACCUAUAAAAUAGUGAAUCUACAAAACUGGGCAAAGCAGUAUGUGUUGGAUCCAAACUCACAAAACAGGGGCAGUAAGUGUGCUGUACCUACUGCCGGAGGGAAUGAGAAUAAUUACAAUGAAAUAUAUCCAGGAUUAUUCCUCGGAGACAGGAAAAUAGCCAUGGACAAAAACAGCUUAAAAGAACUUGGAAUCACACAUGUAAUUAAUUGCGCUCAGGGUCAAAGAUCAAUAUUUGUUAAUACAGAUGCCAAGUAUUACAAAGACAUGGGAAUCAAAUUUUAUGGUAUUAAAGCAUCAGACACAGAGUCAUUUGAUAUAUCAAAGUUUUUCAGGCCUACUGCAAAUAUUAUACAUCAAGCACUGGAAAAGGGAGGUAAAGUAUUAGUUCACUGUGUGUCAGGUGUCAGUAGGUCUUCUACUAUAGUUAUUGCCUUUUUAAUGUUGAAACGAAGAAUGACAUUCCGUGAAGCCAUCAAGUCGGUCAGAGAAAAGCGGUGUAUCUGUCCGAAUGACGGCUUCAUGACUCAACUAUGUGUCUUACAUCAUGAACUGUUUGGAGUCCAAGAACUUCCUAACAGAAGAAGUCAUAAAUGUAUUAUAUUGUGAAUAUUAUAGAUGUGUGAAAAACUGUGUGUAGUAUUUGAACAUUGUAAUUGAGUGUUUAUGUAUACUAUAUAUUAAUCCAUAUAUUGAUAAGGGGUUAAUGAGGUUACCAUUAGGGGUAAUUGAUGAGGCCUUUUCCAAAUGAUAAUAAAUCAGGAAUGUUUUCCAAAUUAUCUAUAAGAAUUUUCAGUUGGAAAGCAAGUACUUUUGUUAAAGUAUAAUUUGAUGAGAUUGUAUUACAAGACGGUGUAAGUUGCGGUCAUGUAUGGAUGGCUAUUUACCCUAUGACCCUAAAAAAAGGUGAUAAAAGUAAAUUUGAUAUAAAUCAUGUUAUAGAGAAAAAUGGUUUUUUUUUAAACUAUGGCAUUAAAUGACAUUGGGCUUUUUCCAAUAUAUUGAUUCAUAAUUAUUUUGAUAUAAAGCAUUCCAACAAUAUUGAAUUGUAUUAAUAAUUCCCACAAACACAUUCCCAAUAAGGACUCAUUAAUCCCUGCAUAGUUUAGAGUAGAUUUGAAUAUGACAAUGAUAUUAUUAUUCAAUUUGUAAUGAAAUGUUUGUAAGAUGAUUUUUAAGAAAAAAAAUCCCAUAAAUAAGCUAAACUUUAA